AUGGAGAUGAAGCUCUCCAACUGUUUACCGAGCCAAAAAUGGUGCGGAGGAGGAGCGCCUUUUGUUAGACAAGUAAAUGUUCGAUUCUAUCCACUGCCUUCUCAACGUUUGCUUCCACUUCCAGCUUCCGGCAAAAUGCGCCACCGCAACUUCAGUUUGCAGAACAAGAGACAACAAACAAAGAAAACAAAUAUUGAACGCCCGACAAAUGUUGAUCUUCAGUCAAGUGAUGCUGUAGAUUCCAAUACGAAAAAUAUGUCCAAACAAAACCUAUCAAGUUCAAAGCAGGAAAUCUCAAUCAAAGAAAAUGUUGACACUUUGGCAGAAGCCGAAAGCUCUGAGGAGAUUAGUUAUUUGUCUGUCGACUCAAAUGAGGAGGAACAACCUUCAAGUGUUCAUCUUCAGGAUUUGAUUGGCAUGAUAAGAAAUGCGGAAAAGAAUAUUCAUCUACUCAAUGAAGCUCGAAUUCGUGCAUUAGAAGAUCUUCAAAAAAUUCUUGGAGAGAAAGAGGAUUUGCAUGGAGAGAUCAGCAUUUUAGAAAUGAAGCUGGCAGAAACUGAUGCACGGCUCAGAGUUGCUGCCCAAGAAAAAAUACAUGUGGAACUUCUAGAAGACCAGUUGGAAAAGUUGAAAAACGAAUUGUCUAGCAGUAGAAGCAGAGAAGAAAAUGUGCUUCAAGUGAAUAAUUCAGUUCCACUUUCAGAUAAUGAUUCUAUUAAUUCACUGAGCGAGGAACUUGAUUCCUUAAGGAAAGAAAAUAUAUUAUUGAAGCAGGAUCUUCAAGCGUUGAAGUCAGAGCUUACUAAUGUCAAGGAAACAGAUGAACGCAUUUUAAUGCUAGAGAAAGAACGAUCAGUUCUUGAAUCUUCUUUAAGUGAGUUGGGAUCUAAACUAGCUGCAUCUCAGGAAGAUGUUUCAGAGCUCUCUGCCUUGAAAUAUGAGUGCAAAAAUUUAUAUGAAAAAGUGGAACACUUGCAAACAUUGCUAGCUAAGGCAACUAAACAAGCAGAUCAAGCAAUAUCA